AUUCACUCUAAUAUUUCUCUAAAGCUUAGAAAUUUUCUUAUGUUGUUUUUCAUUAUUCGUCUACUGAUAAUGUGAUCAACUUUAAUCUUCAUUCUAUCGCAACAAUACACAUCAAUAUGUCUUGGGAAGCUGUUAUUCCUCCAUUUACCAAUCAGAGCAUUAGACAUGUUCCAAAUGUUUGCAAUAUUUGCAAUGGACCUCAUUACACUGGUUUAUGUUCGUCUUUAUCAGAGCAACAUAUUCAAGACAAACCUCAUCAUGAUAACUUGUCGCGAUAUUCAGUGCCUGAUGGUUUGCUUGUUAUCGAUUGCGAUGAGCUUAAAAGUACUAUUGUUAUAACAGCACAAAAAUUCGCAAAAGGAACAAGAUUCGGUCCGCUUCUCGCUCCAAAAUCAUACGUACCACCAUCCCGUCCCAAUAAAUUUCAACUUGUUAUCUUCAAUGAAGUCUGGAAUGGCGAUCCUUUUCUUGAUGAACUAUCCGAGGAUAUUAAGGAAUUAUUUAAUGUUCGCAAUUAUUAUCUUGAUACGAGUGAUGAAAAUAAAUGCAACUGGAUGAUUCAUGUUGAUAUAGCAAAAUAUUCAAAUGAACAGAAUUUAAUGGCUUAUCAAGAAAAUGAUCAGAUAUAUUACACAUCAACCCGCGAUAUUGAGCUUGGAGAUAUCCUGAAAGUUUGGUAUUCACCAUCAUAUGCAACAAGAAUGGGUGUAAGCUUAUUAGAAUCUUCAAAUCAACCAGGAAUCUGCACAAACAUUCUACGUCAAGUGUCCUUCGAUUACGGAAUAAAACUUCACGAUGAAAGUGAUUCUGAUAUUACAAAUAAUAAUUAUCUAGCGAUGGCUCCACUAACUGUCUCACCAUCAUCGGAAAUCACACUUCCACCUAUCAACAGUCUGAUGAAGACGCAAUCACCAAACUACAAUCAUCAUCUCGAUUUUGAAAAUCUCAUAUUAAUGGCUAAAAAUGAACAGUUGGCUAAUAGCAGCUACCAAUCAGACUAUAUUGAUAAUUAUCCAAUGAAUCUACACGAGCAAAUAACGUCGAGUGACUCUGAAAAAACUAAUCAGUCGCCAUCAUCAUCAGUGAAAAACAUAAAAUUCACAGAAAUGAAUGAAACAGAAACACAAAAGUUUGCUUGUGAAUUAUGUGCUCGAAAAUACAUCACAAAAUCAAAUCUUGAAAAGCAUAUGCGAUCACAUGAUCUCUUUAUGUGUGUUGUUUGCAUGAAGAUGUUUCAAAAUCCUGAUGAAUUGAAAGAACAUGAUUGCUUCAAGCAGAAAACAUCAGCGAAGAAAUCUUUGUUUCAUUGUGCGAUAUGUUGGAAAGUUCUCAGCAAUUCCUGGUCACUUAAUCGUCACAUGAAAAUUCAUCGAAACGUCGCAACACCUGAAACUGUGACACAUGAAAAAGUUGAUGAAAAUCUCGAAGAAUUUCUUCCACCGCCUGUUGUCGCACCAAUGCCACAAGAGUCAGAAAUCUUUAAUGUUGAACAGCCAUCAGAGUCACAAGAUGAAGGCGAAGACAAAACUUCUUGUCUCGAACCAAUGAUUGAUGGAAAUUUUGUCUCAACAUCAGAUCCGCUUGACGUUCAGUCGUGGUUGGAACCAUCUGAUUACCAACAAUCAUUAAUGAUGGAAGAAAAUCACCCAAAUCCACCUAAUUUCGAUAAAUGCAUUGUUUGUGCGAGAAUCUUUAAGAAUCCAAAUUCACUGGAGAAACAUUUGCGAAAUGUUCACACAGCACAUGUCAUCAGACCAGAACUAACAACGAGCAUCAAGAAAUCAUCAGAAUAUCGUAGAAUUGUUCUGAACAAGAAACCAAUUAAGGAAAAUGUCGCAAAAGCUCUCGUAUCGAAGUUGAGUAAGAAGAAUCAACAAGUGACGGAAUCGACAACAGAACUUGAACCGUCAAAGACAAUAAAUGAUGGAAGUUGGAAUGGGACAAAUGGCAUUGGUGAUAAAGCAGAUAGCAAUCAUACAUUGGACAAUGGCAACACAAUCAUCAUAAUCUCAAACGUUGAAAUAAAUCCAGCAAACUCUCCAAUCACAAGUAAUGGAUACACUUUCACAAACUAUCAACCGAAUACAAUAAUGCCAAAGCUCGUGCCAAUUGGACAAGGAUUGAAGAUGAAUCAAAGUCAGGAGAAUGUGAAGGAAGAUGGUGGUGAACAAAUCAUAAAUUCAUCACCAAAAGUGUUCAUCAUUGAUAAAGUCAACGGUGAAUCUUCGAAAGUAAAUCAUAAAAUUCAUAAAACUCAAUCGCCUGAUGAUGUUCUUGAACAUCAUCAAUGCCCCGAAUGCGAUAAAGUCUUCCAAAAGAAAUAUCAACUUAAACGUCAUCAAGAGAUUCAUGAGAAUCUUUUUUAUUUCUGUCCUUUCUGUAAGCGUGCGCCAGUAAAAGCGCGCAGUUCACUUCACAAACACUUUGUUAAAGAUCAUCCAGAUCAACAGGAGACAUGGCAAGUGUCGAACUUCAUGUCGACGUUGCUCAGAAAAUAUGAGAAAGUUAAGAAGUCUAGUCAGGAAUCUCACGACAGUACAAAGAAGAUGAAAAAGGAACCGAAAGUAAAGAAAGAACCGAAGAAACUCAGUAAGAAGAAAGAGCAGCUAAUGAUGAUGAUGAUGGAAUCGAAUGAUCGAUGUGAAAUCAUUAAUGAUGAGCCUCUACCUCAAGGCAAUCAUUUAGAUGUCGACGAAGAGAAUCAUCAGCAUCAGCAAAUAAUUCUAAGCAAUCUCUUUCUUGAUCCCAUAACGCUUGAUGAAGAGAAUAAUCUGAUAAAGUAUACGUUAGCCGGAGAUGAUGAUUUCAUGAAUGGAACUCAUAAUGGAACAAUCAGUGGAAACAUGACCAACACUGGUUCAAUUGAAAGCUACGAGAUGUCAGAAUUUAGUAACUUCAAAAGCUCAUUUGAUGAGAUUCAAGAGAAACUCGACGCUGAACUUGAAUUCAACAAUGAUCAAAUGAUUAAAUGGAGUGAUGAGCUUAAUGACGAUGAUUCGUCUGUCAUCUCAUCUCCAAGUGCUUCCAAUUUAUCAUCACCUGAUAAUAUGAGUAAGAACUUGGUGAAACAGAAGAAAAUCGAUAGCUUUAUGUUGUCCUGAGGGCAAACACCAAAGAACAUUUAAAUGAAAUUUUUGAGGCAAAAUCUUUUACUAGCAAAAUAUUUUAUCUAAAAUAAUCAAAAGAUUUAAGCAAGGAAAACAAUCGAAUUGUGUAACCAAAGUGCCAUAAAUUAAGAAAAGGAAAAGAUUUUAAUUUACAUUUUAAUUAUAUUAAUUUUUUUCUUUCUUUUUCACUAAUUUGAGUGCCUUAACAAAUCAAAGAAAUGUUUUAUCGUUUUAUUCAUUGAAGAUUGCAAAGAUAAAUGAAUAUAAACAGCCAUAAUCAAAAAUGAAAAUAUCUUUAAGCACAAAGAAAGAAUUUGAUUAAAUUUAUUAUUGUAAAAUAAGUUGAAGUCAUUGUAGUUUAUAUGGAAUACAAAUAUCGCCAUCAUCACACAUAUUAAUUAUCGUUUAAAGCAAAAUAGAAAUGAAACGAGAAGCGAUUGAGAUUCAUAAUGGAGAGUUGUGCAAUUGAGAUUAUUUAAAAAGUGUAGCAAACAAUCUCUCCCAGUUUCGUUUAUCUCUUAAUUUGGUUGCAAAACGACUUACAGAAAAUUCUUAAAAUUAUUUCACUGAUUUUAAUUAAAUGAACGCCAAAACCAGAAGAUUAAAACACAAUAAGUUACCCCACAACCAAACAAAGAAAAAAAGUUUCAACAUUUUUCGUAAUUAAACUUAGUUGAUAAGAUUUUUGUUCUUUCCUCCCUUAAUUUUAAUUUAUUUUUCUAUUAUUAUUUAACAUCACAAAAGAACAGAACUCGAGUCCGAAUUUAUGUUGUUUUUAAAUUAAUUUAUUGGCUCAAUUGCAUUAAAUAUUUAUUCAUUCGUCGUAUUUGCAUCAAACAUUUUUCUUCCCGUACUCAUUUUCAAAACGUUUUUCAUUUAUGAAUAAUUUUCUUUAAGCUAAGAGUUAAUAAUUAAGAUGAUAAGAAACAAAAAAAACUUCUUUAGACUUGCAUUUUUAUAUGAAAAAAAAGUUUUUAAUUCGGUUUCGAGCUUUUAUUAAGCAGCAAACGUAAAAUUUCUAAAUAAAGUGAACUUCCCAAAAAAGGAAAGCAAUUAAUUGAAAAUUGUUGAAAGGAGAAGCUCUUCAAGUGCCCUUAAAAUAACAGAAAGUUUAGAUUUAAGAAACUAAUGAGAAAUUUACUAAACAAAUUCAAAUAUUUCAAUUAUAGUCGCAAUUACGUUUUGUGUGUUUUCUUUUCUGAUUUUUUAAUAAAAAAUGAUUUUAAAUAAAUUUCUUUGACUUCAUACAUAGAUUUUUUAACAAAAAUAAAACUUGUUUAAAUGAAAAUUUCACUAAAGUUAAAAUAUGUUUGGAAAUUGUUUUAAUUUCUCUUUCAUUUAUAAAAAUAAAGC